AACAACCCCCAAAAACUGGCACUUGAUCUGAAAGGAAAAAAAACAAAAGCUGUGACAAAUAUGUCUAUUACUAACACACCAACAAGUAAUGAUGCUUGUCUGAGCAUUGUCCACAGCUUGAUGUGCCAUCGUCAAGGUGGAGAAAGUGAAACUUUUGCCAAACGUGCAAUAGAAAGUUUAGUUAAAAAGCUAAAGGAGAAAAAAGAUGAAUUGGAUUCUUUGAUUACAGCUAUAACCACAAAUGGAGCUCAUCCUAGCAAGUGUGUUACGAUACAGAGAACACUGGAUGGGAGGCUUCAGGUGGCUGGCCGCAAGGGGUUCCCUCAUGUAAUUUACGCUCGUCUUUGGAGGUGGCCUGAUCUUCAUAAAAAUGAACUCAAGCAUGUUAAAUAUUGUCAGUAUGCUUUUGACUUAAAAUGCGACAGUGUCUGUGUAAAUCCUUACCAUUAUGAGCGUGUAGUAUCACCUGGCAUUGAUCUCUCAGGACUGACACUACAGAGUUCUGCUCCAUCAAGCAUGUUGGUGAAAGACGAAUACGUUCAUGACUAUGAGGGGCAGCCAUCGUUGUCUUCUGCUGAAGGCCAUUCAGUCCAAACCAUCCAACACCCACCCAGUAACAGGGCAUCUACAGAGCCUUAUAGCACCCCAGCUUUGUUAGCUCCUACUGAGGCUAGCACUACCAGCACCACUAAUUUUCCCAACAUUCCUGUGGCUUCAACAAGUCAACCUACCAGUAUAUUGACAGGUAGCCAUAGUGAUGGACUCUUACAGAUUGCUUCAGGGCCUCAGCCAGGAACUCAGCAGAAUGGGUUUACAGCUCAGCCAGCUACUUACCAUCACAAUAGUACUACAACUUGGACUGGAAGUCGGACAGCAGCCUACACACCUACCAUACCUCACCACCAGAACGGCCAUCUUCAGCAUCACCCACCUAUGCAUCCUGGACAUUACUGGUCAGUUCACAAUGAACUUGCAUUCCAGCCACCUAUAUCAAACCAUCCUGCUCCAGAAUACUGGUGUUCAAUCGCAUACUUUGAAAUGGAUGUGCAAGUUGGGGAAACGUUUAAGGUCCCUUCAAGCUGUCCCAUUGUCACUGUUGAUGGAUACGUGGAUCCUUCUGGAGGAGACCGGUUUUGCUUGGGUCAGCUUUCCAAUGUGCAUAGAACAGAAGCCAUCGAGAGAGCAAGGUUGCACAUAGGUAAAGGGGUGCAGUUGGAAUGCAAAGGAGAAGGUGACGUGUGGGUUAGGUGCCUCAGUGACCAUGCAGUCUUUGUUCAGAGUUACUACCUGGACAGAGAAGCAGGACGUGCACCAGGGGAUGCCGUUCACAAGAUUUACCCAAGUGCAUACAUAAAGGUGUUUGAUUUGCGCCAAUGUCAUCGUCAGAUGCAACAACAGGCUGCCACUGCCCAAGCUGCUGCUGCUGCUCAAGCUGCAGCAGUAGCUGGAAACAUCCCUGGACCAGGAUCAGUAGGUGGAAUAGCCCCAGCCAUUAGUUUGUCAGCUGCUGCUGGAAUUGGUGUAGAUGACCUUCGCCGUUUGUGCAUACUCAGGAUGAGCUUUGUAAAAGGUUGGGGACCUGAUUACCCAAGACAGAGCAUCAAAGAGACACCAUGCUGGAUUGAGAUCCACUUACACCGUGCCCUCCAGCUCCUAGAUGAAGUACUUCAUACCAUGCCGAUUGCAGACCCACAACCUUUAGACUGAGACCCUUCUCCUACACUGCUGUGGGCUGUAAUGUUGUGAGGAUGGUGGAUUGUAAAAUAAGAUUCUGUUUAUAACCUGAAGUUAUAUUAUUCUUUUGUUCUGCUUAAUCUUCUAAACCCAGGUUUUAAAAAUGUGUUUGCCACCUUGCUCUUAGCAGAAAGAAACUGAACAUGCAGAAUUUUAAUUUUUGGUUAUUUUCAGAUCUUAAUUGUCUCAUAACACGUGGCUCAGGGCUUGAAGUGAACAGUAAAUGCCUUAUAGAGACUUCACAGCACUGGGUUUGUUCCUUUUGAAACUUCCCUUCUCUAUGAUGGCAUCUUGGUUAUAAGCCUCACAGAAGCCUUUUAUAUGCAGAAUAUAUAUAUAUUUAUAUCUGACAAUUCCUUUGAAUAGUGAUAAACAUUUACCUUACUCCAACUGAUUUGUGAUGUUCUUUUUAGGGAGCAAUUGUUACCAGAAGGCUUUUUUAUUUUCUUGACCUAAACUUAUGAUUUUUCCAGAUCAAAAUGUAGAAGAUGCCAAAAAGUGACAGGUGAGACAGGAUUCUGUUGGCAUUGAUGAGAAAUAGCAAGAAAAAAGAACUUUUCCCUCACUAGAUUUGAAAGCAGAUCUUAGAUUUUUU